UUGCAACCUAACACUGCUCAGGUCUACUCGUACGACACACGACGACUGCUAUACCAACCCUGCUCUUUUCAUAGCAUGAGAAGCUAAUACUGCGGUUGUCAAACGUUGCGCUUCACGUUACGCUCAUCAUCGCUGUACAGGGUUGUGGAAGCUGUCCAAGAGCUUGCAAUUGCUCAAAUGAUGAGUAGACCACCGGCAGCAUCAGCCAAUAAUGCCUCUUCCCCACCACCACCCCCAACUGCAUACGAGGGCACGCCCGUCACAUCGUCACGGUCGUUACGACAGUUGUCCGUAUACUUCGUGGGAGCUACGUGCCUUCUUGCGUCGACCGCAAUAACGCGACGGGCUAUUUGGCGACGGAAUCUGCGAGUCCAGCCCAAGUUCUACGAACCCAACACCAAUCCCCACGAGUACUUCAGUCCCUUCCACGAUGCUCUCCUAGCACUGAAUUUGGCCACUAUGCACUGCGCUAGCAUUGGCAUCAUGGCACUGGGCGGCGCUAUGUGGACAUUGGAUAUCGCAAGCCUGAAAGAGGCGCAGGCGGUUCUGAGACGCCGCCUGAACUACGAUAGCAUAUACCAAUCAGAGGAUGAUAUACCAACAUCAUUUUCACAAUUGAUCCUGGCAUCGGGGGAAACGAAGAUAUUACCAGCGGAAGACGAGAGCGAAAGCUCAGAAAAACGGCAAUGAAGGGGCGCAUGUGUAUUAGUAGAGGUGUAACAACAGUGCGUAAACUAGGUGGGCUGUAAUUUUAUUUGGCAUUGUCGCCAGUGUGAUUCUUGAAUUGUGAGAAUCGAGUAUUCUCUACUUGUUUACGAUGUAUGUUCCUCAGUGCUACCUAGAC